CACAAACGAAGUAAAUCCAACGGAGUUGAACAACUUUUUUUUAAACACGUCUAUUUUAACACAUUGUCUAUUAUGCGAAACCAAUAUUGUAGACAUUACAAAUGUCAAAUACUUAUGAUGAUUUUACGCACUUUCUUUUUCAUUAUCAUUUGAUUUUUGUUAUUGUUUUUUUUUUCGAUUUGUAUAUCUUGGAUUUUAUAUUGAGAUUUGAAUUGUAAAUUAAUUUUUUUUUGUAUAUUUCGAUUUGGCUUCUCUCGCUUUUACUGUAAUUUUUAUUGAUUUUUACUGCAUUUUAUAUGGAGAUUCUUUAUUAUUUUUGCAUUCAAAUAAAUAAAGACAAAUCAUUGAAUUUAUCGUGAAAAAACAAUUCGAUGGAAAGAAAAAAAUACUGUUUUUUCUCUCUCAACUGUCGAUUGAUGUGUGCAUUGACAUUCUUCACAUAUGAUUUGAUAUGAGACCGGGCAAAAUUUUCGGGGUGCGUUCACCACGUUGUCCACACAGUGACAGCGUUCAUCUAACACAUACGAUUGCAGUUGGCAGUUUGGCCAUAGAACACACAAUGAAUUGGCGCCAAAACAGUUAACCUUUCUGCGAUUGAAUCGUGUGUGUGUGUGGCAUUUAACUUUUUAAAAGGCAAGCACGCACACGUAAAGACGUAAACAAAGGCUUGGUUCUACCCUUUUGUUUGUUUUAUUUUUUCAAUCAGCAAAAAUUUAUCGAUUUGAUAACAAUCGAUAAGUUUGAAUUUCAAAGUGACGAAAAUAUUUUUAGUUGAAUUUUAUUCUCAAGUCAAGUGCAAUUACAUAAACAAGAAAAAAUGAGCGAUUUACCAUUGAAUGCCGUCGAAAAUACCCGGGACAGCUUGGCACAUGCCAUCGACAACAACAAUUCGAACUUAACGAAAUCACCGAUCAAAUUGUCAAUGACAGAGAAACGUGUCAUCGGUGGCCUGAAACAAUUGACUGAAUUGCUGUUCAAGCAACACUACAAGCAACAAGAUGCGGGUCAAUGCCAAAACGCCGUCACUCAAAGUGAUGAACCAUUGCAAUCCGAUGAAGUGACCACCAGCACGAAAUUCGAAGCCACUUCAAGUUGUCACUUGCAAACAGAUAAGGAGAACGAUGAACGUUUCCAACAAUACAUUGACGACAAACAAGGUGAACAUUUCUGUGCAUUGGUGAUAAAACAGUUGACGACCAACAGAUCGACAAUUGAUCACAGCGAAGAAUGGCAUCGCGGCCAAUUGGAAGCGUAUAAUAUGGCGCAUAAGCGUCUAUUUGAACAAGUUGAAUAGACCAACCGACCACAACAAACAGAAAUGCUUAGCUUUGAAACAGACUUUGUGUCGGAAUAACGCAUUCAAAAUCACUGAGACCAAAAGGCAUAAUCUGAUUCUUUUUCUCUAAAGCAAUUAGUUUUAUUUAAACAUUUUCUAAAAGUUGAUUUAAAUUAUUCUUUUCUCACACAAGAUUUUCAAUUUUUUUUGCGCAUUUUAACAACACUCGAUACUUCUAAGUCGAGCGAUUUUACACAGUAUUUAUUCUAACAACGAGCGUUUUUAAACAUAUUUAUAGCGAGAAAAAAAACUACGAUUGACUUAAUUAUUUCUUGCAUAUUUUUCAUUAAUUUCCUUGAAAUGGUUAUGUUCCUAAUUGAAAAAAUACAAAGAAAAUUGGUUUAAAUAAUAAAAUCAUGUGUUUUCAUUGGUAUUGGUGAUGUGUUGGAAUGCACAAAAUAUUUUCCCUCUAUUUUUGUCAUCAUACCGUCAAAAAGUCCGUUUUUUCUUUCACUUUGAAUCCCAACGCAGAAGAUAAACAAUGGCACAGAACGCAGCCACUUUUCGGUGACCAUGACACUGUUGACUGUCAAACAGAAAAGAAAGAAUAGCUGUAGCAUCGAUUAGCUGUCAAAAUUGGUGCAAAAAUCGUUCAGUUCACAAUUCAAACGAAUUUUUCUUCAAACAAAAUAAAAUUUCAAAUGUGGUUUUUAAGCAAAUAGACGGGGAAAUGGAUCAGUCCAAAAUGAGUUUGCAGCAGCAAUCGGAUCAAGUGAGCAUUCAGUUGUUGUUGGAUGAUUUGUGUAAAAGUAUUUACAAAGAUGUGAAUGCAUCGAAAGACGUAAUUGCGCACAGUUUAUAUCGGCCAUCUGGCCACCAAAAGAACGAUACCAUUCCCGAAGAGUUGUUGAAAAAAUGCAGAAAAAAAGCAUUCGAAACAUUGUUGCGGAAAUCAAAUGUAAAAUCCCUGUCAGCGAGCCGAUCAUCGAUAGAUGAGGGCUAUUCGGAAAUCAUCGAUCCGGUGCGUGAAUUGCAGUACAGUCAAUUCGAGUAUAGUAUUUUUGUUGGUGAAAUGCGACCAAAUUUUGGCCCUUAUGGUUUUAUUAAAGAGCGACAGGAGAAGAAGAUUUUGAAGAAACUUGAAUUGUUCAAAGAAUGUGUACAAUUCGUUGAUGGUAACGAUUACUUUUGCAACGAACAAAAUGAUGGAUACUCGAUUCUAUGGUUUCUCACACUGCUGAAGAAUAAAAGCAAUAUGGAUACGCUGCUGGCCGCUGAAUCAUACUUUUCGUUAGCUCUCAAUCAAAUGCCAUCAUUUCCCGUGAUCCAAGUGAAGUAUUUCAAAUUGAAUUGGGAACCAAAUGUUGAACUUGAGCACAAUCCAUACUGCCAAGCGAUGCGUAAAUUGAGCCGAAGGUCAAAGUUAUUUCAUUUGCCCGGGUUAGCCGGGCUGGUGGACCAAUCGUCGAGACAAACAAGCACGCAAAUCCAGCCAAAUAUUGUACAGGAAGUAUUGGACAGUGUAAGAAAUCGCAUUCGGCCAAGCAAUAUUUAUUACGAAGCCAAUAAAUGGGAACAUCAAGGCCUUCGGAUAGCAUUAAACAAAGACACCGAUCCGGAACUCAUUGCAUCGCUAUACGAGAAGAAGUUUUGCACCGAAUUGCCGGAUACUGCAUUGAAUUUAAUGGCCAUUGCAGCCGAAAGGCAUCAGCAACAAUUCCAGGCACAUAUCAUCGAUAGCAAACGCUUUAAUGAACACAUCAAAUUGCUGUUGAUCGGCAUCGAGUCCGAGUCAUUUGUUUACGAUCCAAGCAGCAUGACAUUUAGAUUAGUUGAACACUUAACCGUAGAAAACAUAUUGCCAGACACAAUUGCACACUUUGUGCUGGAUUUCAUCGAAUGCGGCGCAUGCUACAAGAGGCUUAAAUCUUUAAUCAGUACAAAUAAUUUCCAGCUGAAGUACAACGGAUUUGUGUUUAAGACCCUGUGUUCAAGCUUGGAUAGAUAUUUAGAAACAUUCAGAAGUGCUAUUAUUGUGGAUAGAAAUGAAACGAUUUGUGAACUGCUGGUGCGAGUCUCACCUCUUAUCAAACAAGUUCGCAUUUUGGCCAAGUUGCUGGCUGUUCACCCGAGUGAUGCUGAUCGUGAUCUGAGUUCCUUGGCCUAUGGAUCUGAAUUCCUUGGCUAUUUGUACAACCAAAUUACGGAAGUUACACAGCAAGAUGUUUACGCUUUGUUGGUGUUCAUUCUGUCGCAAUGCUGUGCUGUGUAUUUUCGACGUUUUUCAAAUUGGAUAUACCAUGGAACCAUCGAAGAUCCGGGACAAGAGUUGUUCAUUGAAUUCAACAACUAUUACGUCGCCAAGACCAAGUCAUUUUUCGACAAAGCCUUCAUAAUCAAAAUAUCUUCGGUGCCAGGUUUUUUGCGCGGCUGGGAAAAUUCGAUUCUCUUAUGCGGCAAAUAUUCAAAUCUUCUAAAAGUUUAUAAUCCAACGCAUCCGCUUUUCAGCAUAAUACCACCUCAACUCACCGUAUGUUUAUCGUUUGCUCAAAUCCGGGCCGUUGAAGCGGAAUGUCAAAAGUAUCAAGUGUUGGCUCAAGCGGCUUGCGGUCGCCCCUUUCAACUUGACAAUCUGUUCAAACGACGCCAAGAAAAGCGACUUGAAUUGGUGAAAGUGAUAGCUGAACGAACAAAGCUGAAUCUGGAGCAAUGGAAGGCAGAGCAAGAGGUAAAAGCAGCCAAGAAACAAGAGAAACAUGAAAAAAAUCGAUUGGAGUUGAUGCAACAAAUUGAAGAGAUUCGUGCGCAAAAGUUACGGAAACGACGUGAGGAAGUGGAAGCCGAUUUGGAAUACCUGCGACAAAGUGAAUUGGUCGAGUUAGAACUUAUCGAACGGGAAAAUGAACAACGAAGAAAAAAUAUCGAAUACUACAAUGAACUGGCGCAAAUCGUUGAUGCCCAGCAGAAGCGUACGGAUACUGAAAUUCGAGAGCUCAAAUCAAAGUUGUCGCACAAAACCAAUAGAAAUGAGUCAAACGAGGAUAUAGAAAAUACACUGGUAAACAUUGAUCAUGCGGAAGCAGAAAGUGAUCAGUCCGAUGCAGAGUCUGUUUACUUCGAUGCAGAUAAGAGCACCUCGAGCACAUCAAGCAAGGCAUUUCAAUCACCCGACAUGCUAAAAUCACCGGAUACAGCUCAAACGCCAGAGAUUUUGCAAGCCGCAGCUGCCAGCAUAUCAAGAAGUGCUUCAGACCAUAUCAAUUCGAAUGUGAUCGAUAUGUUGUCGCAAGAUCGAGCCAGAAAUCGUGCGAAUGUCCUAAAAUCCAAUAUCAAUCUGAUUGCUACCGAAGAAGUUACACAAAAAGUGGAUAUUCCAAAUGGGCCGUUGACCGAUGCACAGAAAAAUAAACUGAAAAUGUUGCAUCAAGAAUAUGGGUUGAUUGAUGCGAACGCAAAUACGGAGGUGAUGAUGCGCGAUACAGCACCUGCCGAACUAACCGAAUUGCAGAAAAAUCGAAACAAAGUAUUGGCAUCGGAAUUUGGCAUCACCGAUGUUGUUGUGAAUGUGUCCACAGAAAAUCGAUGCAAUGCAGCUUUCAACCGGAAUAAGAAAUUAGCACAGGAAAAUAGUCACACGUUUGGGAAACUGGAUGAAGUCAAUGCCAAUAAGCCAAUGACCGAUUUACAGCUAAAUAGACAAAAAGUGUUGAUGCAAGAAUAUGGUAUGAACAGCAUCGAGACUCGCACAACUGCCGAAGCCACCACACUUCGAAAUAAAUUGAAAGCAAGUUUGAGCUUGGAUUUGGAUAAUACUAAAAUGACGCAGCCGAAUUUACUGUCACCAAAAGCAUGUCAAAGUGAUUUCGUCGUUUCGCCCAUGUCAACAACAUCCGAUGAAUUGAUCGCUAGUUCGUUGAACGAAGCGGGUAACGAUAAAUCUCCACCAAAAGUAAGACUUGACUGUUCGAUUGCCAAAGAGAAAGAAGUGAAUUUCGAUCAAUUCACUGCCGAUAUCGAAGAGCGACCAACUCCGAUGAGUGCUCUAAAUACAGCUGGCAUUGAGAGACACAACGGAGGAUUCGAGUUUAACGUACCGUACAAGAGUCAACCGACAUUCUCUCAAAUCCUGCGUCCAUCGUCCGGUUCAAGUAGCAUCUUCGACAUUUCAUCACGAUUGAGCGCAACCAGGAGCAAUAAGGCAACUCCACCAUCACCGAUCAAUCAAUCAUCGAAAUCGCUUUCAAAAAGCGAACUACAAGACUUGAGCUCAGGCAAUUUGGCCUAUUUCCUGGAGCAAUCAUUCACCAUUCCGCUUCAAGUGUUUUCCAACAUUCUCAACAAUGAAAUUCUAAAGAUAUUUUUCCAUGACCUUGAUGUUUUGAGCCAUUUCCAAGAUUUACGUAACUAUUUUUUCAUGAUGGACGGCGAAUUUGCCAGUAAUGUUUGUGAUGGGCUAUUGAACAAAUUGCAGGUGGUACGCAAACCAAGUGAACUGCUCAAUUCAUACACAUUACAUUCAAUUUUGGAAAGUGCGCUGCAGUCAAGUGUCGGUGGAAUCAACAAAAAUGCAGAGAAUUUAUCGUUUUGCAUUCCAAGCAUACCGGAACAGUUUGACAUGACUUCACCGAACGUAUUGAGCGAACUGCAUCUGAGCUACAAAGUUGAAUGGCCACUCAAUCUUUUGCUGAGCAACGAAGCCGUUGAACAUUAUGACAAAGUAUUUCAACACCUUCUCAAAUUGAGGCGAAUUACUUGGCUCCUAGACGAGUGUCUCUAUAAAUUAAAGGACAUCCGCAAGCAAUCGGCUGAAAAUAUCCAAACAUCAUCACAAUUCCGUCACGUUCAACAAAUUCGACACAAAUUACUUUGUUUUGUGGAUGCGCUACAAAAUCAUAUCAUAUCGAUUGCCAUAGAAGGCUCCUGGCUCAAAUUCCAAACUGAUCUCAAAACCGUCAAAUCAAUGGAAGAUCUGUACAAAAAACAUACCAAAUACUUGAAACGGGUCAAGUUCUUGUGCAUGUUGAAUCGAAGUAGUCAUGAGUUUUAUGUCAAAGUUGAGGAUAUUUUUGUGGUCAUUCUUCGAUUUUGCAAUAAAUUGCAGUCGAAAAACUGGAAAUGUGAUAAUGGAGUGUAUUCGCAUCCAAACUACGAUAAGCUAAUACAAAUCGAGGAGGAUUUCACGAAACUCAUCAAGUACAUCAUUUAUGCUGGUAAUAAGAUGUCACAGUGUGGCUACCAGGCCGAAAUCGGCGAAUUUAUUUACAUGAUUAAUAUCAACGGGUUCUACGAUUAAAUCCAUUCGACUUUAGCUCAAUCACAAUACGCUAAUAGACAAAUUUGUUUUUAAUAUUUAAAUACAUUCAAUAAAAGAAAAUACUCAUAUCAUAGUGUGUGUGAAAAUGUAACUAACUUGGUUUCGAUGUGUAAAUUUUAUUCUUAAAAUGUGUUGAAAAAUACUCUUCAUCUUUAAUAAAAGCUAAAAGCAAUUAAUUUACAACAAAA